AAUCAWAAUAYCAAUUUAAAUUUCAAAAGCAGGAAAGUUUUUGGUGAAAUUAUUGAAAUAACUAAUAAUAUAGACAUUUAGUUUAAAAAAGUCAGAUUUACUUUUUAAGUGUUGUGCCAAAAAAGAACAGUUCGCAUUUUCUAUUUAGCGAGAUAAAUCUUGUACAAUAUUUCUUAAUUUGUUUAUUCUUGUUAGUUGUUGUAUGUUAUAGUUCAAAAUUCAUUGAACUACUUAUUAUGGGAGUAGCUGGAUCUCAUCUUAUGAAACGUAUACGAAGGUUUAACGUGGUUGAACGAACAGAACGAGUAAUUGACMAAGAUAAACCUGUACCAGCACCWUUGCAUAAAGCAGAUGCYGAGAGGCUGAAAUACCUUCUUGAAAAUGAUCCACAGCUGAAAGAAGAGCUAGUGAAUAAAAAUUCAACUCUAGGAAAGAAUUUACAAAGUGUUUAUGUUACAUCCAAAGGUGAUUUGCCUAAUGUAUAUCCCCAUUCAAAAACCAAGUUGCCACAAAAUCGAGCACAAGAAUUUAAUUCACCGUUUACA